UCGCCCUGAGGACGCGAAGUCGAUGAAAUUCUCAGACCCUUCCGAUUUCUCCAUCUUCAAUAAUCUGGGCGAGGGUUUGGUAGUUGAAAUCCUGGCGAGGCUCCCCAGCAGCAGAGCAGCUAUCCAAUUGAAAUUGGUGUGCAAGAGCUGGUGUUCUCUAAUCUCUUCUCACUAUUUCAUUACUGUUUUCAAUCACCGCCGCCAUGACCUAAUUCAUCCCUCAUCGUCUGGCUGCUUUAUAUUCCAAUCUGUAGUUGACCCCAAUUUGAGAAUGCUUCGCUGGGGAUACACCCACGCAGGCGACUUCCACAGCCCCGAUUUCAGUUUCCUUCCCUGUCCUCAAAGCAGCAUUAGAUUGAAGGCUUCGUGUGCUGAUUUAAUUCUAUGCUCGACCCGAACCUCGACCUCCCACAUAUUCCAACCCGUAUUCUAUUAUGUCUGUAAUCUGCUAACCAAGCAGUGGGCUGCUCUUCCUCCUGCCCCCCAAUUCCAAUUAGAACCCGGAGGAUAUGUCGGAUUUCCCACUGGCUUCCUUUGCGUUCCCGCGCCCUGUUCCCUUUGCAGCACCCAAUGUGUUGUAGGUCAAAACAAUAAUUUUAUGGUGGUUCGAAUUUGUGUUAUUCCAGUUCCUUUAAUCCAUCCACAGUUCGAUUUCAAAGCUCAUCUCUUCUCCUCUGAGAAAGGUGAAUGGAAAAGUGUUGUGAUUUCAUCGCCGCGGGCCAUAAGGUUUCGAGUCCGUUAUUCUGCAACUCUUGUCCCCUAUAAAGGGAUGCUACAUUGGCUGAUUUCUGGGGUUGUUCUCGUGUAUGAUCCCUAUAAUUGUCCCGAAACAUUUUGUCGUGUGAUUGAUACGCCAGCUGAUAUUGAUAAUAUGAUGGCUGGGGUGUCGGAGCGAGAGCAACGCUUCCGAACCAUGGGAUUAUUUCAGGAUCGUCUUCGUGUAACACAUGUUUGGCGUUCAGUAUAUUAUAUAUGGGAGCUGGAGGACUAUAACAUGGGGAAGUGGAGUUUGGUGCACAAGAUUUCCUGUAGAGCAACUGCCAUCUCUGGUCUCUGGUCCCUCCCUAAUCAUCCCCCUAAUCUUGAUCCUAAAACUAGAGACACAGGGUUUUCCUACAUAGAUGGGAAUACUUUUUGUUGGACCAAUUCUUCUGUGUGGUGGAUUGCUAAAGGGAUGGUCCAUUGGAUUCCUCAUCAGUGCUGGCCAACACCAGUACCACCCCUAACUGCCUGCACAAUUCAAAAUAAUGAAAAUACUUUCAAGAAUUCAUAGAAAAAAGGUGAAGGGUAGAUAUAGAGUUUUCUCACCUCCUCCCCAUUAUCUCUAUUCGGAAAAAAAACAUUUGGAGGUUUUUUUGUUUUUCCUUGUUUCAUUAAUUUUAUAUGGUAGAUUGGUAGGUAUUAAUCUAA